AUGAACCUGAAACUUCUUUUUUGCCCUGGAUUCCUUCUGCUGCUUAUUGUCAGUCAAAACCAGGCAGGGGCCAGAUCCAUUUCCAGCUUACAGAGCCUGUCCAAAUUGUUGGAUGAGGACCUGGAGCAUCCCCUGGUCUCAGAGGAGAGGGACCACGAGGAAGAUGAGCUGAGCCCCUUUGACCAGCAGGACCCUGCCCUCCAGUGGAUGCAGAGCAGCAGGGAGCAGCCCCAGAGCAUCUCCAUGGGUGACGAUGUGAUCCGCAAAUUCCUCAGCGACCUCCUGAGCUUAUCCCGUAGAUACCAAGGCAGAAACAAAAAGAGCCUGCCCAGGGGCUGUUUUGGUGUCAGACUAGACAGAAUUGGGUCACUGAGUGGACUGGGAUGCUGACUCUGCUAUGGUAAGAGCAAGCCAGAGGCUGA